AUGGGCUGCUGUUUCUCCCGUCCUGUGGGCCCCAAUGCUCCCUAUCCCAGCGGCGCGCCAAGCGGCUCUGCUCGAGCAAUCAACUCACCCCAACUUCAAGCUUCGGCACCUGAGGAGAGCGGCCAAAUCUCGCAGUCGCACUCCCCCUCGCACCCCAACUCCAACACCCACCGAUCCCGAAGACAUAGCCAUCAACAGCAGCCUUUGUCCCAGCAUAUCGACAAGCCCCUGCGCCGCCACCGAUGGGCCGCCGAAAACCGAACAUGGACACCCACCCAGCUAGCCCAAGAGCGUGCCGACUUCUUUGACACCCGGGUGACAGGCCGACCCGAGGUCUGGCAGACGCUGAAGGUUGCUCUCGAGGUCCUCUGGGAGCCCAACGCGUAUGAUGAGGGUGCAACUGCCAUGGCUACUGCCCAGGGCAUUCUGAAAGCUGCCGACAUCACGCUCCCCACCGGCGAUCUUGCGAAUGGAGCCUACGACUCGCUGGGAAACCAUUAUGCUCUACCAGAGUGGAUUGUCAGCGAUCCCAUCAAUAUAGCCAAUGACAGAGACGCGGAGACUGCUGGCGUUGAUGCAGACCGCAAAGGAGAGGAUGGUCUUGGCCCGGACGUCGAGGUUGGGGAUACCACCGACGCACUCGAAGUUGACGAGACCCUGCGACGCCGCGAAGAAAAGGGCAAAGCAGUUGAGAAUGUCCAAGACCUCGUUAACGUCCGUGCCCGUUUGAGCGAGAACGCUAGAGAUGUUAUCAUCAAUAUUGGUUCGGAGGAAAGCGUCAGGGUACUGUCCCGUAAGAUUGAGGAAGAGGCUAAGCUUCCUGCCACCAAGCGUAUACGAGUCGCCUACAUGGGCAAGAUCCUUAAGGAGAGCUCGUCCCUCCAAGCCCAGGGCUGGCAGCAAGGGCAUAUCAUUAACGCACUUGUCUUCAACGCUUAG